AUGUCGCCCUCAAUAUUCUCUGAUCAACAUUGCCCGCCAACUUGCUCGACUGCACCAACUUCCUUCACAUCGCCAACCUCCCUAGACGUGCUAGCUUCCGUAUCAUUAGCCGCACUCGAUCCCUCUAGUAUACCCGCUUCCUUCACAUCGCCAACCUCCCUAGACGUGCUGGCUUCCGUAUCAUUAGCCGCACUCGAUCCCUCUAGUAUACCCGCUUCCUUAACAUCACCAGUUUUCUUACCUGCGCCCUUGAAAGCACUACCAGUUCCAUCGACUACGACUGCUUUUUCAACCGUGACAGAACUACCAACUUCCUCUGCCGCAACUUCCCUCAGCCUGGUUGACGCGGAUCGUGCCCAGAAUUGGGUGUCGCCUUUGGUAUCCUCCGGUCAGCAUCAAGAGCCAGAGUCUCACAUUCGUGAAGAUAAUUUGGACACGUAUCCGACAAUAUCGAAACGUUGUAAAAGCAAAAGGCACUUCUGUUCAAUGGGGGAUUGCGAGAGGAGACCAUUAUCAAGCAAAAGUGCUCUCAAAAAGGAUCAAAUAGACCUCCAUUCCCAACGGCAGAAAACUAAACCGAGAUGGCGACUACAAGACGAAGAACUUCUCUGGGACCUACGCAAGAAGAGAAUUAGCUGGAACACUAUACAAACACACUUUCCAGGCCGUUCACUAUGCUCGGUUGAGCAUAAAUAUCGAGUUAUGAAGGCUAAACAACGAUCAAACGACCCUUCUUCGACCAUGAGCAUCACGAAUGAUGGCCUUUCCUCAGAUAACUCUUCUUUAACCAGAAGAAUCACGACUAAUGGACUGUUUCGGACCGCACCCUCAACUGCACUACCAAUCUCCUUGGCCGCACCGAAUUUCUCAACCGCAUCAACUUCCUCAUGCCCGACAGUUCCUUCAACUGCACUCUCAACUGCACUGUCGACUGCACCCUCAACCGCACCCUCAACUGCACCCUCAACUGCACCCUCGACCGCACCCUCAACCACCCUGGACCGCACCCUCAAUCACACCCUGGACCGUACCCUGGACCGCACCCUCGACCGCACCAGUCCCCUCUCAAUCAAUUGGAUAUCAACAACGCAGCGACAGUUUCGAGCAUCCACGUAG